UUGUAUUGUUAUUCACAAUUUACAGUAGCGAAAACUGUAUUACUACCGGUGUUAGUACCAUUUAAACACUCGUUUGGUGUUUAAACGUAAAGUUUAUACUACUGACGUGGAGCCCUAUUAAACAAACUGGACAAUGGUGUAUGAGAUGAGAAGAUCAUCUCUACUGUUUUGAAUAGACGCUUACACCAUUCAUAAAAUGGCCCUACGAAAACAGAAGCAGUAUGAUUGGAAGGACUCGAACCUGGCCCUUUUCGGCUCCGACACAGAAAAACAGGUGAAAAAGGAGUCUUCUGACACGGAGCCCGCCUGGCAGACGGCAGGUCAGAAACCCGGGCUACAGAUCUGGCGCAUCGUGAAUUUCAAGGUUACGUCUUGGCCAAAAGAAGACUACGGUAGAUUCUACGACGGCGAUUCGUACAUCAUUCUCAACACGUACAAGGACGGAGAUUCCAACCAGCUCCAAUAUGACGUUCACUUCUGGAUUGGAAAGUACAGCACACAGGAUGAGUACGGCACGGCGGCCUACAAGACGGUGGAGCUCGACACUUUCCUGAACGACGUGCCGGUACAACACCGCGAGGUCCAGGGUCACGAAUCCGAGCUCUUCCGGAGCUACUUCAAGGCAAUCACUACCAUGAAAGGCGGCGCGGACAGCGGUUUCCGGCACGUGAAACCCGAGGAGUACACGCCCCGCUUGCUUCAUUUCCAUGGCGACCGAAUGGGGGUGGUUGUUAAGGAAAAACCGCGCUGCAAGAGUCUCAUAGACCAUACGGACGUCUACAUCCUAGACCUGGGGCUAAAACUAGUCCAAUGGAACGGUACCGGCGCCAACAAGGACGAGAAAAUGAAGGCCCUACAAUACAUAAAGGGUCUACAAACAGAGAGGGGUGGAAAGUGUCACAUGGAAUGUCUAGAUGAGGACCCUAUCGCCCCUGAGGACGAGUUUUACAAGUUCCUCGACGAACAGCCGGACGCUGAUGACGCCCAACCGGAAGUUAAAGACAAGGUCAAGGAGCUGUGGAGAUUGUCGGACGUCUCGGGUAAGCUGUCUAUGAAACCGGAAAAGAGAGGUUCGGAGAUCAGCCGCUCUGCACUUGAUAGCAACGAUGUGUUCAUUUUGGAUACGAAGACCGAGCUGUUUGUCUGGAUCGGUAAAAAGACGUCCAUCAACGAGAGACGUAACGCCAUGACCUACGCACACAACUACCUGAUGAAGACCGACCACCCCCUGGUCCCCAUCUCGUGCGUGAACGAGGUCACCAACGACAAACGGUUCGCCGCGGCCAUCGCUGCGUAGACGACGUGGGGACGUCCGGCCAACUAGAGUUACUUAGGGGCGCUUAAUCAAAUAAUAAUAUCCAGCGUUAUCUGUACUAACGUAUUCUGUGUUUAAGUUCUUCUGUCGUAGACACUGUCGACGCGAUAGAGUCUUCGACAUUCCCAUCUCUUGUGCAUGCUUUUGCAAACGUGCAUACCUAUAUAAACUAUAUUUAAAUUGUUCUAAGCAACCGCACACUUGAUAUAUAAGUGUCACACUUGAUAUAUAACUACACACUUGAUAUAUAAGUGAAACACUUGAUAUAUAGCUGCACACUCGUCAGUAGUGCUCUUUUUUCUUAACAAUAACAAUAAAAUGUUUGAAUGGUGGAUUAUAUAUUUGAUUGCCUAACUGGGAAAUACGAUUGUUAGCAUUAACCGUAAUUUCACACUUACAUGUGUUAUUUUCUUUGCAUAAAUAGGUGUCAUUUGAGGAAUAGGAUGAUGGAUAUAACGUUAUCAUAACGUUAGUUUUUCAGUUUACUGUUAUGAUCACGUUUCUUAAAUAAACGUUGAAAACUG